AUGCUUAGAAUGGUGCCGAGACGAAAUCUACUCAGAGAUCAGCAUAAUGUACUUACAUCGAAAACAUAUGUCGAUUUUCACCUUCUUCGGCGUGGAACGGUGGCUCCAGAGGAUUUUUCGAGGAUAUUGAGAGAGGCGAAGGAGAAAUUUGAACAGACAAGAGAAUACGAACGUCCUACGGAGGAAUUGCUGAUGUUGAAACUGAGGUUGAAGGAGAAGAAGAUUGAGAAAGUGGUUCUUAUUGGAGCUGGAAGUUUGAAUACGGUAUGGCCUAAAGAUGGAAAGAGUUGGGGAAGACAUCAAGAAUAUGACAAUGUUCCUGAGGAGACGGCUCCGUUUCACUACUUGCGGGCGCUGAGGUGUUGUGAGAUUUUGGGUGGUAUGAAAUUCCCUUCUCUCUUGCCCUCCUUGUGAGUCCUCGGAAUGAGUAAAUUAUCGUGAUUAUAGAACCCUAUAAGCCCCUCCCUAUCUACGCACAAUCUCUGUUGAGUUCCUCGGCUGAAAAGAAGUAUUUCUCCUCGCUUCCUGAUAUCAACAUCACCGUUCUAGACGAUCCAGAUGUCUUUGAAAAAAUUGAUGAGAAUACUCUCGUUUGCUCAGCAGUAAUGGAUGAAACCGUGGAUUUCUUUAUUGCUAAGGCCGAGAAGAAACCUGCUGCUUUGUUAACGGAAAGAUUCAAUGUACGUCAUCCUCUGACUCUUUUCCAGCCAGCUUGCACGAUUUCUACUAAAUAGAUCAUACAUUAUAUGUACUAACUUCUCCUCACCAAAACAGUGGCAACAAAACAAAAACCGAUAUCUCGUAUAUACUCCCGAAGUCCGAGAUGUUGUUGACGCAUUGUAUGCUUCUUAUGUGCAAAUGCCGGUUGCGGAGCAUGUGGGGAGGGAUAGACAAGUUUUGGGGGCUGCGAUAUCUUUGUGGAUAUCCAACCAACUAUAA